AUGCCAGUCUUGGCCGACUACCUGAAAUCCAUCGACGCGCGUAACGAGGCUAGGGCGGCCGAGCUCAAAAACGAACUCUUGGCCGCAACAGCGGCGCAAACCGCGCAGCUACAGACAUUACUGACUGCAGGAUUUACUUUCGAAGUGAAGGCAGCUGUCUCGCAGGCCGCCGCCGCAGCAAUUCUACUGCCGGUAGAAGAGAGGAGGGGAAGCCGGUAUACGUCUGCCCAGUCGAGUAUAAACGCGAGCCGUUCAACAAGCCCCAGCCCAGUGCCGGGCCGCUUCCCAGCGGGGUCGUACGACACUCACACUCCUGCGCCCGAACUGCGGCCGGACACCAACCCAGACCCAGAGUUGCAGCCGCCGCAGUACUCAAUGUGCCGGGCGAUCAAGACGGUUGAGGGCCUGUGGCGGGAGUGGACUGUUGGCCUGUCGGGCCGGCCGGCCAUUGCAGCUCUCGACCGCAAAUGGGGCAACCGCUGAUGGGCUGGGCGGCGGGGCGAACUGCAGUGGUUCUCGAUGCAGCUAGAGGUAUUCAGGGAGAUCCG